GCGGCGUCCGGCUGAGGGCGGGGCGGCAGGACGGGCGGCGGCCACAUCGACCCCGAGCGCCGGCGGCCUGGGCGCCAGGGAGCCGGGACACAGAGAUGAACGGCCACGGCCGCGCCGCAGUGGUGACCUCACCGCCUCCCACCACGGCCCCGCACAAGGAGAGGUACUUCGACCGGGUGGACGAGACUGACCCCGAGUACUUGCGUGAGAGGAACAUGGCUCCGGACCUCCGGCAGGACUUCAACAUGAUGGAGCAGAAGAAGAGGGUGUCCAUGAUUCUGCAGAGCCCCGCUUUCUGUGAAGAGCUGGAGUCGAUGAUCCAGGAGCAGUUUAAGAAGGGGAAGAAUCCCACAGGCCUGCUGGCACUGCAACAGAUUGCAGACUUCAUGACUACGAACGUGCCCAGUGUCUACCCGGCUGCACCGCAGGGAGGCAUGGCUGCCUUGAACAUGAGUCUCGGCAUGGUGACCCCCGUGAAUGACCUGCGAGGCUCCGACUCCAUCGCCUACGACAAAGGGGAGAAGCUGCUGCGGUGUAAGCUGGCGGCCUUCUACAGACUGGCGGACCUGCUGGGCUGGUCGCAGCUCAUCUAUAACCACAUCACGACCCGGCUGAGCACAGAGCAGGAGCACUUCCUCAUCGUGCCUUUCGGACUGCUCUACAGUGAGGUGACUGCGUCCAGCCUGGUGAAGGUCAACCUGCAGGGAGAUACCGUGGACCGGGGCAGCACCAACCUGGGCGUCAACCAGGCCGGCUUCAUGCUGCACUCUGCCGUCUAUGCCGCCCGGCCCGACGUGAAGUGCGUGGUGCAUAUUCACACCCCGGCGGGGGCCGCGGUCUCGGCGAUGAAGUGCGGCCUCCUGCCCAUCUCCCCGGAGGCCCUGGCCCUUGGAGAAGUGGCUUACCACGACUACCGCGGGAUUCUGGUGGACGAGGAGGAGAAAGUGGAGAUCCAGAAAAGCCUGGGCCCCAGAAGCAAGGUUCUCAUCCUGCGCAACCACGGGCUGGUGUCAGUGGGAGAGAGCGUGGAGGAGGCCUUCUUCUACAUCCACAACCUCGUGGUGGCCUGCGAGAUCCAGGUCCGAACUCUGGCCAGCUCGGGAGGACCAGACAACCUCGUCCUGCUGGAUCCCGGGAAGUACAGAGCCAAAGCCCGCUCCCUGGGGCCCCCUUCCGGAGAGGGUGGCGACUCGCCGUCCGCGUGGCAGCUCGGCGAGCAGGAGUUCGAAGCCCUCAUGCGCAUGCUGGACAACCUGGGCUACAGAACCGGCUACCCCUACCGCUACCCCGCUCUGAGGGAGAAGUCUAAAAAGUGCCGCGACGUGGAGGCCCCCGCUUCCGUCACAGGCUGCUCCUCUGCCAGUGACGGUGACUCGGGCACCUGCUCCCCCCUCAGACACAGUUUUCAGAAGCAGCAGCGAGAGAAGGCGCGGUGGCUGAGCUCUGGCCGGGCCGACGACGCGUGUGAGGAGGGGCAGAACGGCGGCAGCCCCAAGUCGAAGACUAAGUGGACUAAAGAGGACGGACACAGACCCGCCGCCUCUGCUGUCCCCAACCUGUUCGUCCCGUUGAACACGGACCCCAAGGAGGUCCAGGAGAUGCGGAACAAGAUCCGAGAGCAGAACCUCCAGGACGUCAAGACGGCGGGCCCCCAGUCCCAGGUCUUGGCCGGCGUGGUGAUGGACAGGAGCCUCGUGCAGGACGCGCCCCUCUCUGACUGUACGGAGACAAUCGAAGGGCUCGAGCUCACGGGGCCGACUAUGAGCCCCGCUAAGUCUCUCUCUUUCAGAAAGGGGGAGCUGGUGACGGCCUCCAAGGCCAUCAUCGAGAAGGAGUACCAGCCCCACGUGGUGGUCAGCACCGCGGGCCCCAACCCCUUCAACGCCCUCACCGACCUCGAGCUGGAAGAAUACCACCGCGAGGUGGAGCGCAAGCGGAAGGGCCCUGAGGGUGAAGAGAGCCUGGACCAGAGCGGCGGGCAGCAGGAUAAGAGCCCCUCUGAGCUCCCGGCCGCCCCACACACCCCCCCCUGCACCCCCGACAAGCCCGAGGACGACCCACCGCUGGAGCUGACUUCCGGAGAGGACAGUGACGCCGCCACCUUCCAGCCCACCCUCCCCGACCUGUCCCCCGACGAGCCUUCAGAAGCACCGGGCUUCCCGACGGCGGCGGAGGAGGACGCGGGUGAAGCCUGUGACCCCCCGAGCCCCGCCAGGUCCCCCCCUGUGGCCGGCCCCGAGCCCGUCUUGGCCGCAGAGGCCGCCCUCCCAGGGGCCGAGGAGGGUCCCGCCGCCGACCCCGGCAGCGAUAGCUCUCCGGGCAAGUCCCCAUCCAAGGAAGAAGAAGUUCCGCACCCCUUCCUUCCUGAAGAAGAACAAGAAGAGGAACGACUCCUGAAGCUGGCCCGCCCCGCCCCCACAGCGCGCCCCUCGUGCCUGGUCUCCCGUCCUCCAUCUGCCUGCCCCCCACCCCAGUCUCGGGCGACCUGCUCCCUGUGGGCGUCAUCUGCUCGGUGGCCCUCGGAAGUGGGCCUGGGCUGGUGGGACCCGGUGGACGGGCAGGGGUCCUGAGCUCGGUCCCUGCAGGGGGGGGCCACUGCAGCUUCCUUUGAGUAGACCCGCAGUUCACCCUCCCGGCGUGUGCGUGUGCAUGUGUGUGCAGCCAGGGUCCCCGCUGGCACAGUGCGCAUCACUCCCGUCACGGCAACCAGAGGCUUCCGGGCCGCGGCCUCGCACCCCUGGCUCCCGCCACCUCCCUCCCCCCACGCAGCGACUUUGACUUCCCUUCUGUAGUUUAUUUUAACUGUGUCACGACACCAAGUAGCCACACUAGACAGGUUAGGGGACAGCCCGAUGCCCUGUCCUCACUGCAGCAUCUCGCUCACAAUAAAAGCUUUCAGCAUUUCCUC